AUGUCCAAGCUGGAGUCUGUCCCAUGGCUCUGCCAGAUUACCCAUAGCAUCGCCCAGGAGAACCCCGCGAUCCCAGAGACGAGCAAGCAGUUCGUUGAGCGAUGGGUCGCACACCUGGAUUCUAAUCAGCUCACUCUCUUGCAACGGCAUGUUGAUGCCAAUCCCACUGCCGAAGUCCACCAUCGAAACAUUGAAGCCAACUUCCACGCAGUGGCCCUCGUGGUGCACCGUUUCUAUGCCACCAAAUCGAUGAUAGCUCGGCAGACAGGACCCGCUAACGAUGGCGAAUCUCAGUUGUCCCUAUCGCCCGUUGCUGUGAAGAGUACAACCAUGUUUCUGGAAAAAGGUCGCGACCAGGACUCACAUGGACUCUGUGAAUGCGGACUUGUUCUCUCCAAAGUGAGGAUCCAGCCUGUCGCAUUCUUUCGCGACGUCGACGUCGAUGAAAAGCCUGUGCAAAGGGUUGUCGCCAGCCUAAACUGUUUGUCUCCGGAAGACUCUCCAUUGAAAAUGAUCUGCAAGUAUCUCACGACUCUUGUCUCUGAGGACACCGAGGUAACGGGAUUUCUGCUCGAGCAUUACCGCUCGACGAUUGGUACGAUGGGCAGCACUAUCGCAGGUAUGAGAGUACCAAUCAGGCUCAAGAACACGCGAGCGAGCGACUUCAUGCAUGAAAUGGCAUGCCAACUUCCAUGGCACUCGUGCGACGUCACCAGCAUGUGCAUCUUCACGCUCGCGGCACCUGUGCAUGACCUGAGAGCCAUUGUCAUGGAAUCCACUCUAGGCAAUGAGAACCCUCUGCUAGCUGGAGGUCUUUAUAACCCCGGCUUUCAGGUGGAACUUAUUCCCUCAGCAUCCCUCCUAGAAUCCUAUAAAUAUGCAAAGCGUGCUGCACUCGAGUCCCAGAAGACAACCCUCCUCCGGGUGAAACUUAUCGACGUCAUCCAGUCAUACUGCGAACAGAACGAAUCUUUUGUUAGGGCGCUCAAUCUGAUGAGCAUAGAACUGCAAGACCUUGUGCCGUUUAGUCACUCGUUCCUCCUGGGCGUGGGACCCGAAGGCGUGGUGAUGUUUCAAUCGUAUAUGGCUUUUGGCCCACGUCUCCAUGAAUACAUCGUUGGCGGUGGGCUAAGGGUUCGAAAUUGGCAAGAGGGUGACGACUUUGUCAGCACAUUCGAUGCGUUUGCAAAGAAUGACGAGGAGACUUUUACUCGCCGUAAGAACCAACUCUUCAAGAAGAUGUUCGGCCUAGACUUGCUUGACCUCACCGCGAACUCCAAAGUGCAUGCAAGCCGCAUGAUGCCUUAUUUCAGGGCGUGGGUAGACGUGCAGAUCUUGGAAGAUGUGAAGACGAGCGAUGUGCUCAAGUUCGACUGGAGAACCGAUGAAACUACGCACGAGAACUCACGACCCAAGACUGAUGGCGUGACCCUCAAUUACCAUAUGUGA